AUGACGUGUCAGCAGGUACGGCUGACCGCGGAGUCGUGCAUGAGCGAGGUAAGCUUGCUGAGAUCGCUCGAGGGUCACAAGGGUCCAGUCAAUACUGUCGUCUAUAACUCGAAUGGCUCCUACUGCCUAUCUGGCGGUCAAGAUCGUUCUGUGAAGCUCUGGAACCCGACAAAGGCCAGUCUCAUCAAAAGUUACGAAGCGCAUGGCUAUGAAGUACUCGGCAUAUCUGUCUCACACGACAGCACUCGCUUUGCCUCCUGUGGAGGGGAUCGCAGUGUAUUUCUCUGGGAUGUUGCUACUGGCGCCACUAUCAAACGGCUAGGAGGACACACAGGCCGCGUCAAUGCAGUCGCCUUUAACGCUGACGCGACUGUUCUUGCCAGCGGCUCUUUUGACGCCACUGUACGUUUGUGGGACAUCAAGGCACAGUCUCCACAUCCCAUACAGAUCCUACCGGACGCAAAAGACUCGAUCACGUCCAUUGCGAUCAACGGUAGCGAUCUCGUCACUGGGUCUGUGGACGGCACGGUCAGAUGGUAUGAUCUGCGCAUGGGCGUGCUGCGAUCGGACUUGCUCGAUGCUCCUGUGACCUCUGUCGCGAUAUCAAGAGAUCGGCAGACCAUCCUCGCCUCCUCUCUCGAUUCCGCUGUUCGACUGAUGGACGCUUCGAGUGGCGACUGUCUGCAGACCUACAAAGGCCACAAGAAUGAUAGCUAUCGUGUACAGAGCUGCUUCGGCUACGCCGAGCGUACUGUGAUGUCGGGCGACGAAAGCGGUCAGAUCUUCGUCUGGGAUCUGGCAGAGGGCCGAGCAGUACAGGUCGUCGAAGCCCACACGCGCAGCGUACUCUGGCUGUCGCAACAUCCCUCGGCAGACGAGCAGCUUUCGUGCGGUCGCGAUGGCGCAAUCCACGUCUGGCACAAGUCUGACGCCUGA